AUGGCACGUAAGACAGGGAGACUGCGGGGCAGAAGAGUAGCUACCAAACCCAAAGAAAUCGAGAAGGAGACUGAAGUCACUGAGGAAAUAGUCAAGAAUGACGAAGACGAUGAUUAUAUAGAAGAUGGAGAAGAAGUCGAUGAAGUUGACGUUGAAGAAGAAGAAGAAGAAGAAGAAGAAGAUGAUGAUGAUGACGACGACGAUGAGCAAGUUAGAAGUAGAAGAGCUACACGGAAACGUAAAGCUGCAGCGUUACAGGACGAAGAAAGAAAUAGUGAAGAUGAAAACGAGCAGAAUUCAACUCAACAGGAGAAAAGACAAAAGCAAGAACCUGAAGAAGAAGAAGGUGAAGCCAAAGGAGAAGGAGAAGCCGAAGGAGCAGGAGAAGGGGAUGAAGACGAAGACGACGAGGACGAAGAGGAAGAAGAUGGUGAUGAAGAUGAAGGUAACGAGGAAUCUAAAUUAACAAAUAAACCCGAGAGGAAAGUCCCUAAGAAAAGAGGUCGUAAAAAGUUAAGAAUCACAGUACUUGAAGAUGGAGCAUUUGACGAAGAUGGGAACCCUCUUAAUAUCAGAGAUGAGGAAGUUAUCAUUGAGAAUGAGGACCCCAAAGGAUUGGAGAAGGUUGAUGAGUUGGGGUUCUUAAAAGGUGGUAGAAGAUACAGAGUUAAAACCUUCACUAUAUUAAAUCACGGAGAUAAACAAUUUAUGGUUUCCACUGAACCCGCGAGAUUGGUUGGCUUCAGAGAUUCUUAUUUAUUAUUCAAGACUCAUCGAUCAUUAUUCAAAAAGGUAUGCAAUUAUGAAGAGAAGAUGGAUUUGAUUGAAAGACAUAUUAUUCCAAACUCUUAUAAAGGUCGGUCAGUAAAUUUAGUAACUGCUAGAUCGAUAUUUCGAGAAUUUGGUGCAAAGAUCAUUUAUGAUGGUAAAAAAGUCAUAGAUGAUUUCUGGGAACAAAGAGCUAUUGAUAAUGGUGAUAUUCCUGGAACUUAUGCUGAUCCAACAGAGGUUAGACAUGUGAUUCCUUCAGAAUCAGAAAUUCCAUCUGGUUCAGGAAACACCCCUGUAAGUUCAACUACUCUAUUCAAUUAUCAACAUGAUCCAACUUGGAUGUAUCUGAUUGCUGCUCAAACACGAGAAUAUAACACAAAAUUAUUAGAGCAACGGAGCCUGGUGAUUAUACGUGGGUUGAAAGAUGUCUAUACUGGCUUGACCUUCUAUCCAUUAAGUACACAACCUACUAAAUCAACAUUAGUAAAGGUUGAAGAUUCAAAAGAUACAGUUUAUGAAGCUUACGUGGAUAAUCCUAACAUCCUCAGAAAAUAUACCGGCUUAAGUACAAUUCCAAAGAAUAUAUUGGAAGAAUUAGAUGAUCAAGAGUUACUCAAUGAGAUCAAAUCUCAACAGGAUUAUGAAUUACUGUUAAAAUAA